AUGCCAAAUCCGAGACUUAUGAGCCUGGUCCAAGAAACCUGGCGCUGCGAAAUAGAUUACGAUAUUAAGAAUGGUCAGAAUUAUACUACUUUGAACCAAGAAAUGAUUUUGCGGGAGAUAUCCAUGAAUGAAUUUGAUACAGAAAACAAAAAUAAGGUGUUUUGUUUAUCAUACCUUCAGGCUUCUUUCUUUGCUACUAUUUUAGAAGAUGCACUGACGCAGAUGCGGAUUCUUGUUGAAUGCAAUAAUGAACUGCGAAUUAUUAAAACUAAGCUGGAUAUGAAACUGCUCGUUCCCCUGAAAUAUGGAGUCGCUCAACCCAAAGUGACUGAUGAACUGGAAUCUAUAGAUCCAAAUAACUUGGUUUGCAAUGAAUAUAAGUUGAAUAAAUUGGAUUCUGAUAGAAACUAUUUCGCAUCGGUGUUAAGAGAUACUUAUAAAGAUUUGACGCUACACAACCGGUAUGCUGUAUUACAAGAAUUCGUAAAUAAUUUAGUGGCGACUGAUGAAUACCGAGUCAAGGUGGCCGACGAUGAAGUUAAGAAUAAAAGCUUACGUCAUGACCUCAACAAACAAUUACGGCAGCAACGUAACCAUAUUAAGUCAGUAAUUUAUGAUACAGACGCUAUUAUCGAAAGGUUGAAGAAUUACGUGGAAGAUGCAGCACUUAAUGCAGAAACUGAGAGUCGAUACACUGAUGGUUGGCAGCGGGCCCGUACGGAGCAACAUCUUCAAACAAUCAUAGACAAUGAAGAGAGUCCAUCCCGAACCAUAGAGUAUUAUAAGCAGAGGACAGACCAUGAACAACGAGUUCACACUGAAGUGGAACUUUUAAUUAAUAUUAUUAUAAACGAAACCUUACAAAAGGUAGAAGAUUGGAUGAAUAAAUAUGACAGAGAUAUGGAGCAUAUAGAUCUUAAAAUACAAUUGAAGAAAAACGAAUAUCAAAAUGAGCACGAUCGGCGCGUAGGACUCGAGGAAACGAUUGAAAGUCAUGACAAGCAAAUGAAGGAUUGGAACUACUUUAAAGAAGAGCGUGAGAAGGCUAGACUUUACCGUGAGAAGAUGACGAAGUCUGCCAUCAUUGUCCAAGCGUGGUGGAGAGGGCUGCUCGUGCGUCGUGAACUGGGACCAUAUAAAGUAGCUAAGAAACCCAAAGGCCCCAAACCUAAAAAAUAA